AUGUCAGCUAUUAGUUUUCCAGAGGUCGAUAUUCCUAAUUCCCAAAGAUCCGAUAUUAUUGCAGGCCACAGAACGCUUGUUUAUCUUAUCAGGCUUUUGAAAGGCACCAGCUAUUCAGUUUUCAUGAUCUAUUUGACAUCAAUAUUUGUGCUUAGGCCAUUGCUUUCGUUAAAGUACGAAAGGAGACAAGAAUUUUUACAAUUUGCCUUUGAAAGAAUAAAAAAGCUUUAUUCCAAAGUUUCAAAAAACGUGAAGCAUAUCCCAGCCGUCGAAGAAAACUACAACGGUAGAGUUUACAAAGACGAAUCAGUUGGUACGGGUGAUUUUCUUGUGAAAGAUUAUUCAUUUAUACCCGGUGAUUGGAGUAGCUCAAAAUGUUAUUCUGGAAGUGAGCAGCAACUUUCUUUAGAUGAAGAUGAUCUUACUUCACGCUGCCUUAAUUCAACCGAUAAAUUGUUUAAUAGCAUGACGAACAUGAAGAGAACUCUCGAAUAUCUUAAGGUGCAUGAAUAUAAGAAGAAGAAUACUUAUUAUAGCGGAUCAAGUUUCAGAAAUAAAGAUGAUUCAUCUGAAAUGCAACCAUUAUUGUUCCAGCUCAAGCAGUUGGACAACUACAUGGGAAUGGUGAAUGCAGAUCAUCCCAGAGACUACUUUUUUAGGAGGUCUCCGUUACAGAAUUUAUAUGCGGAUCAAGCUGGGGCACAGAGAAAAGACGGUAACUAUCUUGACAGUAUUCAUAAAGGUAUAAUUGAAUGCCAAAAUCUCAUUGAGCAAGUUCGCAUGGUGAAGCCAGGAAAAUUAUCACAGUAA